AUGCUCCGGGAACAAGCCCUGCAGUCGAAUAUUCAGCCAGACAGCACUGAGGUGAAUGUCAACGAGACCGAGAACAACAGCCUGUUGUACCAGCCACUCAAUAGACUCGCGACCUUGAAGCAGUGGGCAUUUGAGUUGGUGACGCUUUUCAUCUCUGUAGCUGCCUUCGUCUUCAUGGUCAUUCUCAUGAUGGCCGUUAAUGAGAAGCCGCAACCAGCUUGGGCGUAUGUUGUCAACAUCAAUACACUCGUUGCGAUCUUCACCACACUCCUGAGAGCCGCAGUAGUACUGAUAACAGCAGAAGUCAUGGGACAAGCCAAAUGGUCGUGGAUGGCGUCGCCGCGGCCGCUGCGUCAUGUCAAGCGAUUUGACGAUGCCAGCAAAGGUGCUUGGGGGUCACUGAAAUUCUUGCUGCACACUUGGAAGUCACCACCAACAGUACUGGGCGCGCUGAUUGUCAUUGCCUCCUAUGCCAUCGGACCCUUUUCCCAGCAAGCUGUCAAGACAUAUCCAUGCCCGAUUCAAGCCGAAGGCGUCGCUCGCAUCUCAAUUGCCGAACGAGUUGCAGGACUGGAUUCCACCAGGGAUCCCGGUUUUCUCAGUGGGGAGAUGAGCUCCGUUGUCAUCAACGGUUUGCUUUCUAUGCUUCCCGACAGUUCUCAGCUUUUCGAUUGCGAUUCUGGCAACUGUACAUUUGGGAGUAUUUCAGGAGUCACACACUCGUCUGCGGGCGUUUGCAGCAAGUGCACCGACGUGAGGUCUGGAUUGCUCGAAUUCGACGACCGCGGCCCUACAGUGAACGGUAGAUAUCAGCCUGAAUACCGCUUCCACAACAACUCCGAUUUCGGUAUCAACACCGCUGUUGAACCAAUUUUAUUCAACAUGACAACGUCAACAACAUAUGCAACACCUUUUAUGACGUCUUUCCUGACCCUCACAGCGGCAGGGUGCGUCGCCAAGGUCAACGAAAAAGGUCAGGCAAACCGAUAUUGCCAACAUAAGUACGAAAACAUGCCAAAACUCAGUUCUGACCUUGAUAUUGCGGCUGCGAACUGCACCUUCUAUCCUUGUGUUCGCCAUUAUGAAGGAGCUAUCACGAACGGAACUCUUCGCGAGCGUUUGAUUUCAGAUGAGCCAAUGGCUUUUCGUGACAAUUUACCGAUUGAGGAGUUUUACGGGGAGUAUGUCUCAAUGAUUCGACCUUGUAUUCUCAACGGCGAGAGUUACGACCUUUCCAAUAUCACCAGCGUCUCUCGAGACGGCCUAAACUGGACCUCUUGGAGUUCAGGCGGAGUCUCCUACGAGGCUCCGCAUCAAUGCCUGAGAGUUUUGCCGGAGUUGGAAUAUGUUGGCAUCACCAAUUUCCUCGCGGAUAAUCUGAAAGGGUCUUGUCGACUCUUCGAUUCAUCCGAGCUCUGGUAUUCACCCGAUUCAUUCGAAAAGAAUUACACAUCGAUCAAUACCAUCGGAGGCAUCAACAGCAAGGUCAAGUGCGAGACAGGCUGGUGGCUUAAAGCCCUCCAUAUGAGAGGAAACGCCACGUUUGAGGCCUUGGCAGCGGCGCAUAACAAUAUGUCGAUGGCCAUUACCAACCGCAUGCGUGCUAACGGACUGACUUUGUCAACGACAGAGACAUCGCGCAGUUACAAGGAGGGAACUGUUAAUCAAAUGUCGAUCUGCGCCAACGUCGUGAACACCGGCCUCCCCACUGCAGCCGUCAAGUCCGACAGCAACGAUGUCCACCAAUCCCAUGACGUCAUCGUCAUCGGUGCCGGCUUCGCAGGCUUAACAGCCGCCCGAGACUUGAGCGUCCGAGGCCUGAGCGUGCUCCUUCUCGAAGCUCGGGAUCGCAUUGGCGGCCGUACAUGGACGGCAAAAGGGCAGAACGACGAUUACGAAAUGGGCGGCGGCUGGGUCCACCAGUUACAACCUCACAUAUGGAGUGAGGUGAGCCGUUACGGCCUCACGGAGACCAAGGAAAGCUUUGGCAACAGUCCUGACAGCCUGUGCAAUAUCGAUGGCAACGUACAAAGCAUGCAAGAUGCGGCGGCAUCGGUGUUUCCUCUCGCAGAGGCUUUUUUCAAUGUCGAUGGCGACGGUGGUCGGAUUGUCAUGCCCCAGCCGACUCGUCCCCUGUACAAUCGAGAAGCCAUCGUCAAGUGGGAUAUUAGUGUCGAAGAGCGCCUGGGCCAGAUGGAUAUCACGGAACACGACAAGGAGCUACUCAGAAUGUGGAUGGCGACCGCAGGCCUGACUGACGUAUCCAGAAUUGGUUUCCUGAGUCUUCUGCGGCUUUAUGCUCUCUCGGGGUAUGACUUCCAGCGAUACCUCGAAGCCAACGGAACUUUCAAGAUUCCCGGGGGAACCACGGCUCUCGCCGACAUGAUGUUCGCAGAGUUCAAGGGUGCGUCUUUGUUCAACCGCCAUGUCACUUCUAUCGCGUCCGAGUCGACCAGGGCAACAGUGAAGACCAAGGCUGGCGAGGAGUUCUCCGCGAGCCACGUUAUCUGCACCGUACCAGUACAUUGUCUUGCCGAUAUCGAAUUCCUACCCCCGUUGCCUCCCUCGUUUACGUCGACCGUACAUUACAAUCUUGGCGGAAAGCUUCACAUACACUCGCCAAACAGUGCUGCUAAGUUCUUUGGCGUCACUACUCCCUCCAAAACCGCCUGCUUUGGCUUUACGGAAUCUGCUUCCAAAACCGGGGGCGUCAACAUAGUUGCCUUCCAGAGCAGCCGUCUCGAAGCAGCCGACCGACCACCAUUGACAAUCCUCAGCGAGGCACUCGACAACUUGAAGCCCGGUUCGGUUGAACUAGGCAACAUCAACGAGUAUCUCUGGCACGACUGGCGCAGCGACCAAUUCUCCAAAGGGGCCUGGCCUGUUUACCCGGCCAAGGCACUUUCAGGAACACUUGGUCACCUUAUGGAGAACAGAAUGGUGUCUGAUACACUUACACUUGCUGGAUCGGACUAUGCGGACGGCUGGGUGGGUUACAUGGACGGAGCCAUUGAGCAGGGGCGUUGCGCUGCGCUGGCUAUUGCGAACAAAUUGUGCAAAAGUUCCAGUUAG